CAGUUAGACAUUUUCAUUAUUGACGAUGAAAAGAAAAGUUGUUGUUUCAUUAAAAUUGAAAUGCAGAUGAAAAAUAUCAUUCUUGACGUUCCAACCAAUUAAGCUAUUUCAAUCCACUUAGAAUAAAUUCACUGGUUUCCUAUUGGAUCUUCCAAGUGUACGAGACAGGCAGACAGGAAAUAGAAACAAAAACCUGAGGUGUUCCACCCUCGACCGUUCAUUUGUCAUCAGUUUUUGCGCUAACAAGUUUCAGAAGCGUGUUUAUUCAUCAUUUGAAAUGGACAAUACAGAGUUCACUUUUCCUAUCCUAAAUUACGACUUUACUUCAAAAUUUCGUUGGAUGAAAAAUGAUAUUCAAAGAACCGAUCAUUAUUAUAACACGUGGUUAGAUUGGUUACCCAGCAGUAGUACGCCUUUUGCGACAAAAGUGAGUGAAAAAUGUAAAAACUUAAAGGAACAAAAUCAUUUUAACAAAAUUGAAUCGAAAAAUGGCGCGCAUAAAAGUUUUGAUGAUUUGUAUAACAUCGAUCGAUACCGUAAUCGAUAUGAUAAAAAAUUACCAUGUUGGAAUACUGUUGUCUGUGAGUCAUGGAAACAUAAAAAUUACAGAGAAACUGAUGUAGUAAUAACAGAUAAUCACUCAUCUUGCUGCUCCCCUAAAUCCAGAAAAGAACGAACAGCGUUUACUAAAGAACAAAUUUCAGAAUUGGAAGCAGAAUUUGAAAACUCUAAUUAUUUAACACGUUUGCGAAGAUAUGAGAUUGCUACUGCCCUUAAUCUUACUGAAAGACAGGUAAAAGUUUGGUUUCAGAACAGAAGGAUGAAAUCAAAAAGAGCAAAGUUGCAAAAGCUUGAUCUAACAAAGUGAUAUUUUUAUUUAAAUCAAGAGUUUGAAUAUUUGUAAUAUACUUAAUGACAAAAC